AUGUCAGCAGCAGCGGCUUCUUCACAACAGCCCGCCUCUUCAACCGCUGCUGCAGGCUCCUCGUCAUCCUCAUCCUCUUCGCUAUCCCCUCGUCCGCCGACAUCUCCUCCUCCCACAAUCGCAUCUCCAUCCGUCGCCCACGCUCACGCCCAUGCGCAGAUUCCUUCAGCAGCGCAGCAAUCGUCGCCUCCCCCUCCACCUCUUCAGCCCACGCUCCCCUCAGCCGAAACGCAACGUCAUGUCGCCGAAGCUCGCCGCGCCGUCGUCGCAACACUAGAGAACAUGAUGGACUCCGAGCUGCAGUGGCGCGCAUCAACGCUGCACUCCAACGCUUCGGCGCUGAACAAGCAGGCUCAAGAUGUGCAGCGUGCGACCGAUGGGUUGCGCCGUGAGAAUGUCAAGCUUGCGCGCGAGGCCGAUGCUGCGGCGCGCAGGCUCAAAGAGCUUGGCAAUGUGCAGAACUGGGCUGAGGUGCUGGAACGUGAUUUUCUUGUCCUCGAGGAGACUGUCAGGCUGGCGAACGACGAUCGGAGCUGUAGCUGCAGUGAUUGCGGGAGCUAUAGUGGAAGUGGAAGCGAGAGCGAGAGCGGAGGCGAGGAUGUUCGUGAGCAAGCUAUGGAUCUAGGUAAGGAUGGCGAUGAGAGGGGAAAGGGAAUCGAAGGGAGCAAGACACUAGAUGUCGACAUGGAGAUCGAUACUGGUAAUCAUGCGCCGGGUACGUUCUCGGAUGCUAGUAGGAGCUUGACGGAAGGAGAGUCAAGUGUAGGAAGAGGCGCCAAGGGAUCAGAUACGGCGUCCAUGUCUACGAUGUCACGGUGA